AUGUUAAAAAUAGCAAAAUUAUUAUCAAAAUCACCAUAAUAAUUGAAACAAACAUUUUUGCUGAAUCAUAAGCCACAAUUCCAUUAUGGAAAAGUGGAUCGAUUCUUAGACAGAUUAUAAAUGCCACUUUACUUUUACUUAAUAGGAAUAAAUGUUGGCGUGUAUGCAUUAUGGCAUUUUCCUGCAUUUGACAAGAAUUUCAUGUAUAAACAUUUUACUCUCCAUCCCGGAUCAAUGAGUUUAAGAGAAUUGCAUACAUUUAUAACAUAUUCAUUUUCACAUUAGAAUACAUUACAUCUAUUAUUCAAUAUGGUGACUUUUUACUUCUUUGGAAGGACAAUAGAGGCAUAUUUCGGAUCAAAGAGAUUGCUGGCAGUAUAUUUGGCAGGAGCAUUGGUGGGAGGAUUGAUGUAAUAAAGAUAAGCAGGGGUAUCAUUGGGUGCUAGUGCUGCAUGCAAUGCUUUAUUAACAUAUUAUAUUUGCAAUUUUCCAAGAGAGAUAAUUUUAUUGUUUUUUAUUCCAGUGCCAGCAUGGGUAGUGGGAUUGUUGAUACUAUACUAAGGUUGGGCAGGAUAAGGUGAUGGAAGUGGUAUUGGUCAUGAUGCUCAUUUGGGUGGUUGUUUGGCUGGGUUGGCAUUUUACUUUGCUACAAGAGGGAAAAUAUGA